GUGCACCGCGCCCACCUGCGCGGCCCCGACGGCUCGCUGCGCCCCGUGGCUGUGAAGGUCCGCCACCCCAGGGUCGCCGAGCGCAUAUCCCAGGACUUCCGCCUGCUCGCCCUCCUCGCCGCCGCCGCGGGCCGCGUGCGGGCGCUGCGCGGGCUCAGCCUGCGGCAGAGCGUGUCGCAGUUCACGGCGACGAUGACGGCGCAGUGCGACCUGCGGGUGGAGGCGGUGCACGCGCUGCGCUUCGCGGUGAACUUCUCGGGUGAGAAUGGCGAGAGCGGGGGGGGGGGGCGGUGGCGUGAAGCUGCUUGCGGCCUCUGA